GUUUGUAAACGUCUGACCCUGGGCCGUCGCUUAACCCUUCAGGUGCUGGGAUGGGGCGGCGUUGGGGGUGCAGCACUGAACCCGAGGGAUUUAGAGAUUGGAGACGCUUCGGCCUCUUAGAGAGCUUUGAAGCUGUGUGGGAGGAAAUGAUAACCACCCCCCAAUCCCUCCCACCCUCCAGCCUUGCCAGUAUCUCCCACCGAGUCGCGAAUCUCCCCUCUAAUUCCGUAUCACACAACCCAGGCCUCUCCAAGCCUGACUUUCCCGAAAACUCCCGUCCGGGUCUUUCUUCCUCCUCCAACCCAGGCCGGGACCUGGGGGCUCCUGCCGGAUCCAUGGGGGCGGCCAGCUGCGAGGAUGAGGAGCUGGAGUUUAAGCUGGUGUUCGGGGAGGAAAAGGAGGCCCCCCCGCUGGGCGCGGGGGGGUUGGGGGAAGAACUGGACUCGGAGGAUGCCCCGCCAUGCUGCCGUCUGGCCUUGGGAGAGCCCCCUCCCUAUGGUGCUGCACCUAUCGGUAUUCCUCGUCCUCCACCCCCUCGGCCUGGCAUGCAUUCGCCACCGCCGCGCCCAGCCCCCUCACCUGGCACCUGGGAGAGCCAGCCCGCCCGGUCGGUGAGGCUGGGAGGACCAGGAGGGGGUGCUGGGGGUCCUGGGGGUGGCCGUGUUCUCGAGUGUCCCAGCAUCCGCAUCACCUCCAUCUCUCCCACGCCCGAGCCGCCGGCAGCGCUGGAGGACAACCCUGAUGCCUGGGGGGACGGCUCUCCUAGAGAUUACCCCCCACCAGAAGGCUUUGGGGGCUACCGAGAGGCAGGGGGCCAGGGUGGGGGGGCCUUCUUCAGCCCGAGCCCUGGCAGCAGCAGCUUGUCCUCGUGGAGCUUCUUCUCCGAUGCCUCUGAUGAGGCAGCCCUGUACGCAGCCUGUGACGAAGUGGAGUCUGAGCUAAAUGAGGCGGCCUCCCGCUUUGGCUUGGGCUCCCCGCUGCCCUCGCCCCGGGCCUCCCCUCGGCCAUGGACUCCUGAAGAUCCCUGGAGUCUGUAUGGUCCAAGCCCCGGAGGCCGAGGGCCAGAGGAUAGCUGGCUACUCCUCAGUGCUCCUGGGCCCACCCCAGCCUCUCCCCGGCCUGCCUCUCCAUGUGGCAAGCGGCGCUAUUCCAGCUCGGGAACCCCAUCUUCGGCCUCCCCAGCUCUAUCCCGCCGUGGCAGCCUGGGGGAAGAGGGAUCUGAGCCACCUCCACCACCCCCAUUGCCUCUGGCCCGGGAUCCUGGCUCCCCUGGUCCCUUUGACUAUGUGGGGGCCCCACCAGCUGAGAGCAUCCCUCAGAAGACACGGCGAACUUCCAGCGAACAGGCAGUGGCUCUGCCUCGGUCUGAGGAGCCUGCCCCAUGCAAUGGGAAGCUGCCCUUGGGAGCAGAGGAGUCUGUGGCUCUUCCAGGAGGUCCCCGGAAGGAAGUGGCUGGCAUGGACUACCUGGCAGUGCCCUCCCCACUCGCGUGGUCCAAGGCCCGGAUUGGGGGACACAGCCCUAUCUUCAGGACCUCUGCCCUACCCCCUCUGGACUGGCCUCUGCCCAGCCAAUAUGAGCAGCUGGAGCUGAGGAUCGAGGUGCAGCCUAGAGCCCACCACCGGGCCCACUAUGAGACAGAAGGCAGCCGUGGAGCUGUCAAAGCUGCCCCUGGCGGUCACCCUGUAGUCAAGCUCCUAGGCUACAGUGAGAAGCCACUGACUCUACAGAUGUUCAUCGGCACUGCAGAUGAAAGGAACCUGAGGCCUCAUGCCUUCUAUCAGGUGCACCGUAUCACAGGCAAGAUGGUGGCCACAGCCAGCUAUGAAGCCGUAGUCAGUGGCACCAAGGUGCUGGAGAUGACUUUGCUGCCUGAGAACAACAUGGCGGCCAACAUUGACUGUGCGGGAAUCCUGAAGCUUCGGAAUUCAGACAUUGAGCUUCGGAAGGGUGAGACGGACAUCGGGCGCAAAAAUACACGUGUGCGGCUGGUGUUCCGGGUACAUGUGCCCCAGAGCGGCGGGAAGGUCAUCUCAGUACAGGCAGCAUCGGUGCCCAUCGAGUGCUCCCAGCGCUCAGCCCAGGAGCUGCCCCAGGUGGAGGCCUACAGCCCCAGUGCCUGCUCUGUGAGAGGAGGCGAGGAACUAGUACUGACUGGCUCCAACUUCCUGCCAGACUCCAAGGUGGUGUUCAUUGAGAGGGGUCCUGAUGGGAAGCUACAAUGGGAGGAGGAGGCCACGGUGAACCGACUGCAGAGCAAUGAGGUGACGCUGACCCUGAAUGUCCCCGAGUACAGCAACAAAAGGGUGUCCCGGCCAGUCCAGGUCUACUUUUAUGUCUCCAAUGGGCGGAGGAAACGCAGUCCUACCCAGAGUUUCAAGUUUCUGCCUGUGAUCUGCAAGGAGGAGCCCCUACCGGACUCAUCUCUGCGGGGCUUCCCUCCAGCAUCGGCACCCCUCUUUGGCACUGACAUGGACUUCUCACCACCCAGGCCCCCCUACCCCUCCUAUCCCCAUGAAGACCCUGCUUAUGAAACUCCUUACCUAUCAGAAGGCUUCAGCUAUGGCACGCCCCCUCUGUACCCCCAGACGGGGCCCCCACCAUCCUACAGACCGGGCCUGCGGAUGUUCCCUGAGACUAGGGGUACCACAGGUUGUGCCCACCCACCACCAGUCUCCUUCCUUCCCCGCCCCUUCCUUAGUGACCCGUAUGGAGGGCGGGGCUCCUCUUUUCCCCUGGGGCUGCCAUUCUCUCCUCCAGCCCCCUUUCGACCUCCUCUCCCUGCAUCCCCACCGCUUGAAGGCCCCUUCCCUUCCCAGGGUGAUGUGCAUCCCCUACCUGCUGAGGGAUACAAUAAGGUAGGGCCAGGCUAUGGCCCUGGGGAGGGGGCUCCGGAGCAGGAGAAAUCCAGGGGUGGCUACAGCAGCGGCUUCCGAGACAGUGUCCCUAUCCAGGGUAUCACGCUGGAGGAAGUGAGUGAGAUCAUUGGCCGAGACCUGAGUGGCUUCCCUGCACCUCCUGGAGAAGAGCCUCCCGCCUGAACCACCUGAACUGUCAUCACCUGGCAACCCCAGCCCCGGCCUCAGCCCUGCCCCCUUUCCCUCCUUCCUGGAGUGGUGGCUACAGAAGCUUGUGGCCAACACUGGCUCCUCUUUCCCCAGCUUCUGCCUGUUUUGCUGUCUUCCUUCCCCUCCCCCAGCUGUGGUGUGGCCCCCAGACCUGGUGCUGCCUUGGAGGGCUGGGGGAAGGAGCCUGUGGAGGAGGGGAGGAGGCUGGAGACUGAGGCUAGGUGCCAGAAUGGGCUGGAGCGAAGGUGUGUCUAGAGUGUGGGCAAACUGGUGCUGGGAAGCUGGGGACAGCUUGAUGGUAAUAAACUGCUCACUGAUAAGUG